UUUAGAUCUUCCAAGAGACAUCAUGCAAUAUCACCGCACACAGUACCAUCUUGUGUGUGACUUGAGAAUGAUAUUGCAGAAAAUGUGCUCAGGAACAAUUGCACAAGGUUCUGGUUUUGGUAAAUACUGGUGCUGAGACUGUGAAUAAUUUUAGAGUUUGUCGAAGUAUAACAUAUGCCCUCAUUUGAUGGGAUCAUAUUGGAUUCCAUGAGAUCUUGGGCUAUUCCUAAACUGAAGAUCUCAUGAAGUGUUUCCUGAUUCUCUUCUCAAAGAUCAUUUUUUAUGAGGAUAAAAACUUCCAGGGUCGCUGCUAUGAGUGCAGCAGCGACUGCCCAGACCUGCACUCCUACUUCAGCCGUUGCAACUCCAUCCGAGUGGAGGGCGGCUGCUGGGUUCUGUACGAGCGCCCCAACUACAUGGGCUACCAGUACGUCCUGAACAGAGGAGAGUACCCCGACUACCAGCGCUGGAUGGGCUUCAAUGACAGCAUCAAGUCCUGCCGAGUUAUUAGAAAUAUCUAUGGAAAUGUGUACAAGAUAAGGAUUUAUGAGAGACCUGAGUUCGCAGGCCAGAUGGUGGAACACAUGGAGGACUGCCCUUCCGUUUUAGACACCUUCAAGUUCCGCGAGAUCAACUCCUGUGUGGUGGUCGACGGGGCUUGGGUGUUUUUUGAGCAACCCACCUACAAGGGGCGCCAGUACUUCCUGGAUCGCGGAGAGUACCGCCGCUGCACAGACUGGGGGGCCACCUCGCCCGCUGUCGGCUCUUUCCGCAGGAUCACAGAAUUCUAGAAUCCUGAAGAAUACUGCGCUCCCGGGAUCCCCCUGAGCCCGGGAAUUCCUAACAAAGAGCCGGAUCUUCAGAACUUGAAAAAUUCAGCAUUCAUCGCAUUAUAUUACAAUACCGCAAAUAAAAGCCUCUGAGAAGCA